AUGCGCAUUGUGUUCUUCGCCCUGGCCUUGUUUCUGAGUGGCUACGAGACUCAGGCCUCAGAAGAGUACAAGUUCCCUUCCUUCCGCCUCGUCCCCGACAAACGAAACCCCAACUCAAGCGCGCCUGCUGCUGCAGCUGGUGCUGCUGCUGCUGCUGCUGCUGAUUACGUCCGAAGCUGGACCUUCUACCAGCCGUAUCUGUACCGGCUGCAGCUCUCUGCAGGGCCGGCAGCGGAAUCCCCAGCAGCAGCAGAAGCAGCAGCAACAGAAGCAGCAACAGCAGGCGUCUGCGCCUUCGUGGCUCUUAUACAUGGGCGCGAUAUUAUUACGAACUCGCGCUGGAAAUGGACCUGGACUUGGCAGUGGGAUUUCAUCAAAAAACAGCUUGAAAAAGAAGCCAGGCAUGAUCGCGUGCUGCUGCUGACCCCACAGUCCUCCCAGCCCUCGGGGUGUCUGUACAGACAGAUCCAGCAGGUGGCGCAAAUCAUCUACCGCGCUUUGUCGCUUAACACGGAGCCCAUAGAAGCAGCAGCAGCAGCAGCAGCAGCAGAUGACAGCGACCCUGCUGCAGCGCAGCCCCUGCUUCUGCAGGGCGCAGGAUUUUUCAAAGGCUGCAAAAGAGUCCGGGUGUAUCUACACGCCGCUUGUCACGGCUCCAUUGUCGCCAGAGCAAUCUUGGCCAAAGAAAGCUCCAUCUGGGAAGGCCAUGGUCCCGCCGCUGCAGCAGCAGGUGCAGCAGCUGCGCUGGUGCAGCGCCUGCUGUCUUCUCCGUUUUUCGAUUUGACUUCUUUCACUUUUGUCGUUCCUGCGCUCGCGGGGGUCCGGGAGAACCCGCGAAUAACGCCGAAGGGAGCAGCAGCAGUGGCGGGGCCAGCAGCAGCAGCAGCAGCAGCAGCAAUAUCUGCAGCCGAAGCUGCGCUGCGCCUCUUAAGGCUGGACCCCCCCAUUGCCACCAUUCUCGUGUGGGGUGGAGGCAGCGGCCCGGUGUACUUACACCGAGACGCCGCGCGCCUUUUGUGUUCCUUAGCAGCAGCAGAGACGCAAGAUAGCGGCAGCAGCAGCAGCAGCAAAAGGGGCUCGCUGCUGCUGCAGUUCAAGAGACUGGCUGUCUUUGCCAACCUAGACGGCGACAUGAUUGUUUCUCCCCGCUGCGCUGCGGGCGUGAGCGACGCCUUUCAGACUUCUGCUGCAGCAAAGGCUCUGCUGCAGCAGGCACAAGCAGCAGAAGCAGCAGCAGCCAGAGCACCUGCUGGAGCUGGCUUUGGAGCAGCGGAAACCCCCAAAGCCCUUCUGCCCCAUAGGAUUCCUGUAGAGCUGGCGCCGCUAAAUCAGCGCGCUGCGAGGCAGCCAAUGCCGCCCGAUGUGCAGGAGCUGCUGACCAAGAGGUACAUCUGCUGGGACCCGCAGCCGCCGCGGCGGGAGCGGCAGAUCUACGAGCUGACGCUGAAGCUGCUGCAGCUGUGGGAUGUAAACAAGCAGCUGCAGCAGCAGCAACAGCAGCAGCAGCAACAACAACAGCUGCAGCAGCAGCAGCCGUCGGAAGGCCGGAGAAGGAAAGGAAGGGCACGGUGGUCGCUGGGAUCGCUGGUCCCAGACUCGCACAACCAGCAGCAGCAGCAACAGCAGCAGCAAAUCCUUCGCUUUGUAGUGUACAUACCCCCGGUGAGCAGCCGAAGGGCCGUAGCAAACCACCCCCACUUCCUGGCUUUUGGUUCCCGCAGCUGGAUGCUGCCAGUUGUGGCUCCGCUGCUGCGCGCCGUCGCUGCUGCUGCUGCUGGCAGCAGCGAAGAGCUGCAGCAGCUCACAGUGAUGGACACAGACCAGAACUGGUGGCACCCCUAA